AUGACAAAUUUGGGUUUGAUGAAGUUUUUCCUUAGUCUGGAGGUAAGACAAGGAGAGACAGGUAUUUUUGUGUCACAUGAGGUAUAUGCAAAGGAGAUUUUGAAGAAGUACAAGAUGGCAGAUUGCAACCAGGUAUCAACACCAAUCGAAAUGGGUGCAAAACUCUCGAAGUUCGAUGGAGGAGAACGAGUCGAUGCGAGAAAAUAUCGGAGUUUCGUGGGAAGCCUUCGCUAUCUCACAUGCACAAGGCCAGACCUUUUGUUAAGUGUUGGCAUUGUAAGUCGGUUCAUGGAGGAGCCGAUUUAUUCACAUUAG